AUGCUUCGUGGAGGCUGUAAGGCCUCCGAAAGGCGAAGACACUUGAGUGACAGCCUGAGUUGGCAACAAGACCAGGCUCUGAGUAGCAGCAUCUACCUCCUGCGACAGAUCGGCCCCACCGGCUUCCUGCUGAGGGAGGAGGAGCCAGAAAACGCGGAUUUCAGAGUUUUACUAGGAAACCCUCAUGAAUGCAACUGUUCCACAUUUCUCAGAAGAGGAGAACUUUGUAAGCAUAUAUGCUGGGUAUUAUUGAAAAAAUUCAAGCUUCCAAGGAAUCAUGAAUCUGCUUUCCAGUUGGGUCUCGUGGAAAGAGAAAUAAAUGACUUGCUACAGGGAAUACAUCAAGUUCAAACUUCCCAACUACAAAUAAGUGAACAGAAGACACAUGUGGAAGAAGAUGGGUACGUUACACAAAAAGAUAUCAGCACAGAGGACAUCUGCCCUAUUUGUCAAGAAGUGCUGUUAGAGAAAAGGCUUCCUGUCACCUUUUGCAGGUUUGGCUGUGGCAAUAACGUUCAUAUAAAAUGCAUGAAGAUCCUAGCCAGUUAUCAAGAUACGAUAUCCAACACUUCCAUGUUGAAAUGUCCUCUGUGCAGGGAAGAGUUUGCACCAUUAAAACUUAUUUUGGAGGAACUCAAAAAUGCUAACAAACUUGUGACUACAUCUGAGAGAGAACGACUAGACAAACACCUUGGAAUUCCCUGUAAUAGCUGUAAGCAACUUCCAAUCGAGGGAAAGUGCUACAAGUGCAUGAAGUGCGUAGACUAUCACUUAUGCCAGGAGUGCUUUGAUGACUACAGCCAUCUUUCCCACACGUUUGCAUUUCGUGAGAAGAGAAAUCAGAGCUGGAAAGCAGUAGCAAAGAGAUCAGAUGAUGCAAAAUAUUUAGAUAUUAGAAAUGAGGGAGAAGGAAAUAAGCCAUAUUUUCAAGACAAACAAGGUCAGCUUCACACACCAAAACACGCAGUAAAGGCACUGCCUCUCCUACUGAUUACAAAGAACAGCAAGUUGCUUGCUCCAGGGUACCAGUGUCGACUGUGUUUGAAAUCAUUUUGCCUUGGCCAAUAUACAAGACAACUGCCAUGUACUCACAAGUUCCAUAGGAAAUGUAUUGACAACUGGUUAUUACAUAAGGGAAAUUCAUGCCCUAUUGACAGACUAGUUGUCUAUAAUCCUCUGAUCUGGAAAGACACAGCCAUGAAUGGACAAGGACGUCAGUUGCCUUCAAACACAGACAUCGCCCAUCUGUCAAAGCAGGAAGAGCCAAAACUUUUUAUUCCUGGUACUGGAUUAAUUUUAAAGCAAAAUAGAACUGGAAUUUUACCUAGUAUAUACCAGUGUAAUUCUAAACUAUUGACUGCAUUUCAAAAUCCACCAGAUACCUAUCAGGAUAUAACAGUAGAUGAUCUGUACUCAGUCAAAUUAGAUAAUUCAGAUUCAAGAAAAUUAAUCUAUGAAUAUAAAAGUAGCCAACACUUCCCUAGGUAUGUACAAGAUUUAUCCACUAGAUUGUGUGAGAAAAUACCAUCUCAAACAUUUCUUCCAUCCCUUGCUCAUAAGAAUAUUUUAUGUCUCACUGGAAGGGACAGUUCUUAUAUCUGUGAAAAAUAUGACACGAGUCAAAGUCAAAAGACAAGCACAGGUUGUAAACACACUUGCCGUAAUGCAAAGAAGACUCUCUGUUCUAAAAUAAAACAAGACGGAAGGUCAAGUAUCUCACCUCCAGAAGGGUUAAACCUUACUAUCAACUGGGAUAUGACUAAACUUAGUUUGUCCAAAAGGCGUAAUAAUUUUAUGGGAAAAGUUAGACAAAAAUGUAGUCAUCCGCCCAGACAACCUUCAUAUCACUCUUUACAAACACCAAGUACUACACUAUCUUUAAUAAUGGAAGGAGUCCAGUUAGGAAAAGACAUUUUAUUACAUCAGAGAGCAUUUGAACAUUCAGUAUAA